UGAGCGUUUCGGGGUUGAAAAGGCUCUUGUGUUUUUUGUUUGGGAGCGGAACAUCUUAUUGAGGAUCCCCUCAUAGUUCGCCGUGUCCAAUAGCAGCAGCCGGUCGAUGGGCGGUGAUAGCUGAGCUCAAACCUCGAUAAAUUGUUCGGUCACCCAGUGGUGGUGUCAGUGGCCGCCGUCAGAUCGUCACACUUCCUGUCUGUCUGCUUGUUUGACUGCCCGUUGAAGAUGGAAUCGAGUCAGGACAAAGCGCAGAGGAAAUCUGUCCGUCUCAUCGCAGCAGUUUGCAAUGACUUGGGGAUCGGGAAAGAUGGAAAAAUGCCCUGGAAUAUACCAGCUGAAUUCAAGUACUUUCUGGACACUGUCACAAGGGUGUCAAGACCAGGAAGGAUGAACAUGAUGGUCUGGGGCAAACGUUGCUGGUUUUCCCACCCACAGUCCACAUUCCCGCUGGUCAAUGUUCUGCAUAUGGUGCUGAGUACCACACUGGACACAGCCCCAGACCACGCCCACUUCAUAUGUGAAGACUUUGACAGUGCGAUCCGCAUGGCAGCGCAGCCCCCGCUCGCUGACCUAAUUGAGACCAUCUGGGUUGUCGGUGGGACGCAGGUCUACAAGGAUGCGCUGAACCACCCUUGGUGUGACUUGGUUUACCUGACGGAAAUCAUGGCAGAGUAUGAGUGCGACGUGUUCUUCCCUGAGUUUGACAGAAACCUAUUUAAAUUACAAGAAAGAUUUCCUGAUGUACCGAGUGGAAUUCAAGAGGACAACGGAAUUAAAUACAAAUGCCAAGUGUUCAAGAGAGAGACUGUUGACACAGCAUAGAAAAUUAACAAAGAAAAGCAAUGAUGAAUAAUUAGGAAAUCACUCCUGUGUAUUUUUCUGUCUUCUUUCAGCAUACAUUGCAAAGUCAGUUCCAGAAUCAUCUGUGGCUAAACCCCCAAACUCAAACUUAUUAUUGUAUUUUUUUAAUAACCAAACUAAAGCCAAAGUACUGUGAACAUGCGUUGUAGUAUACUCAUGAAGCAUUCCAGCUAGGGUAAACAUAACCUUCGUUAUAAUACAUGAAAAACAAUGUGAGUAAGAGCACUCCAGCUUGUCUGUCCAGGUUUUACUGUGAGAUCCAUAUUUUCCCUGUCACUGCUGUUUGGUUAUUUGCUAUUUGUUUAUGAUUCAUUUUGGCAUUU